GACGCGCGUGCAGGGCGCAGAGCCGGGCCGAGCCGCCGCCGGCGCCACGCGAGUCCCGCCGCCGUCGCCGCCGCGCCCGGGCCAUGGGCCGGGGGCACUGAGGGCCGCCAGGGCCGAGCGCGAAGGUGGGACCGAGCCAGCGCCUCGCCCUCGCCCUCGCGCUGCGCCAACAUGCCCCGCGGCUUCCUGGUGAAGCGCAGCAAGAAGUCCACGCCCGUGUCCUACCGGGUCCGCGGCGGCGAGGACGGCGACCGCGCGCUGCUGCUCUCGCCGGGCUGCGGGGGCGCCCGCGCCUCGCCCCCGGCGCCGAGCCCCGGGCCGGGUCCUCUGCCGCCGCCGCCCGCCGAGCGCGCCCAUGCGGCGCUCGCCGCCGCGCUCGCCUGCGCGCCGGGCCCGCCGCCACCCCCGCCGGGGCCACGGGCCGCGCACUUCGGCAACCCCGAGGCCGCGCACCCCGCGCCGCUCUACAGCCCCACGCGGCCCGUGAGCCGCGAGCACGAGAAGCACAAAUACUUCGAGCGCAGCUUCAACCUCGGCUCGCCCGUCUCGGCCGAGUCCUUCCCCACGCCCGCCGCGCUGCUCGUUGGAGGCGGCGGCGCCGGCGGGGCCAAUGGCGCGGGCGGCGGCGGCACCUGCGGCGGCGACCCGCUGCUCUUCGCGCCCGCCGAGCUCAAGAUGGGCACGGCGUUCUCGGCGGGCGCCGAGGCGGCCCGCGGCCCGGGGCCCGGCCCCCCGCUACCCCCCGCCGCCUCCCUGAGGCCCCCAGGCAAGCGACCCGCGCCCCCCGCCGCCGCCGCCGAGCCGCCCGCCAAGGUAGCCAAGGCCCCAGGCGCCAAGAAGCCCAAAGCCAUCCGCAAGCUGCACUUCGAGGACGAGGUGACCACGUCGCCCGUGCUGGGGCUCAAGAUCAAGGAAGGCCCGGUGGAGGCGCCGCGGGGCCGCGCGGGGAGCGCGGCGCGGCCGCUGGGCGAGUUCAUCUGCCAGCUCUGCAAGGAGGAGUACGCCGACCCGUUUGCGCUGGCGCAGCACAAGUGCUCGCGCAUCGUGCGCGUGGAGUACCGCUGCCCCGAGUGCGCCAAGGUCUUCAGCUGCCCGGCCAACCUGGCCUCGCACCGCCGCUGGCACAAACCGCGGCCUGCGCCCGCCGCCGCCCGCGCGUCCGAGCCCGAAACCGCUGCCAGGGCUGAAGUGCGGGAGGCGACGGGCGGCGGCAGCGACCGCGACACGCCGAGCCCCGGCGGCGUGUCCGAGUCGGGCUCGGAGGACGGGCUCUACGAGUGCCACCACUGCGCCAAGAAGUUCCGCCGCCAGGCCUAUCUGCGCAAGCACCUGCUGGCGCACCACCAGGCGCUGCAGGCCAAGGGCGCGCCGCCGGCGCCCCCCGCCGAGGACCUACUGGCCUUGUACCCCGGGCCCGACGAGAAGGCGCCCCAGGAGGCGGCCGGCGACGGCGAGGCGGCCGGCGUGCUGGGCCUGAGUGCGUCCGCCGAGUGCCACCUGUGCCCAGUGUGCGGGGAGACGUUCCCCAGCAAGGGCGCCCAGGAGCGCCACCUGCGCCUGCUGCACGCCGCCCAGGUGUUCCCCUGCAAGUACUGCCCGGCCACCUUCUACAGCUCGCCCGGCCUCACGCGGCACAUCAACAAGUGCCACCCAUCCGAGAACAGACAAGUGAUCCUCCUGCAGGUGCCCGUGCGUCCGGCCUGCUAGAGCGCGCCCUCCACCCCGGCCCCCCGAACCGUGCCUUCGCUUGGAGACCCACGAAGAGAGCGCGCCCCGACCCCGCGUCCGCGCCGGGGGCACCCACCCCCGGUGAAAGUGUCGUCUCCGCUUCUCUCGGUGUAGCGUGACGGUAACCCCGAUCCUCUCGUUGUGACUCCUUUUGGACCCCUCGCCCCCUUUGCGUUGUGUCCCCUUCCCCCCCAUGGCGCAACAGGAGCCAAUCUCUUUCUGUCCAAGGGAGAAAAGCUGUACGCGUUUGUCUCGUGGUUGGAAGCCUCCCCUUGGAGGGGAGAUGUUUUUCUUGCUAGUAUUCUCUGUGUUCAUGGUCUAGAAAUGCGGUUUGCUCUCGCCUACCAAUCUCUGCUCUCUAUGUAUGUAGCGUACGGGUUGUUUUGGGUGAAUCUUGAGGAAUAAAUGCCUUUAUAUUUCACAGGCUGUAAAUUGAACUUCCCACACGAUUAGCUUUAUUAUGGCUUGUGAACUGCUGGAGUCUGGCUUUACCUUUUUGUAUGUGAACAAAUCAAAUUGCU